AUCUUGCAGAAAGCCUAUUUUUCUUGACAAAACAAGCGUCUUUGGGCUUUUAUUGUUUUUAUCUUAAUUUCCCCUAAUAUUCACGAGAAAAAAUGUUCCAGGUUGUUGGAAAAUUAGAGACAAAGUAUAAUAGUCUCACAGUUUCUGUGAAAAGGCAUAGGACGCCGGGAAAAGUGGAAAAUACCCCGAAGAAAAUUCGCAUCAUACAAAAUGAGAAUCCUCCAGUUAUUAGCAGAACUCCUGUCAAGGUUGUUAUUCCAAAGAAAACAUCUACUCCAGUACCUGUUACCCUAACUAGAGCAUCUGUAGCACCAAUUUCAACGCUGAUUGCCGAAACUGUCUCACCAAGGAGGCCCCAACAAGUGCCGCAAAUGCCCCAAAUUGCAACUAAAACAGUUGUAAAGACUGAGAGUGCUGAGAGGAAGUUUUGGUGCUUUCCAUGCAACAUUGCCUACAGCUACAAGAAUCUCCUCCUGAAGCACCUGAACACCAUUCACGGAGUUGCUCUGCUCAAGUGUGAUUUCUGUAAUGAGCACUUUGCUGAUUCCGCCUACCGGGAGCGACACAUCACCCAAGUUCACAUACGCUUCCCCACAGAGACACCUCAGCAGCUUCCCACUGAGGAUGUCAAUGAAGAAAAUGAAGAGAUGUACGAUGAACAGGUGGAAUGGCUGGAGCAGGACAAUGAUGAGGAGUACGAGGUGAAAGUUGAACCUGAUCCACCAACAUCAGAUGAUGAGCUGCUUGACAUGUCCCAAUCAUCGCAAUUUAGCGUCGCGAACAAUGAAUUAAGUCCACUCCGUGAGAAAAUGCAAAUGCGAAGCAAAUUGACGAUGUAUGGGAAUAAGAAGGGACGCCCGACGAAGGAAAUGGUGCAGGAGUGGAAGAAGAGGCGACUUGAGAGGCAGGAAAAAGUUGAUGAAGGUGCUGAAGGUGAUGUAAAGAAUGAAGAAUGGUGGGCACAGCCAAAGGAAAUUCCUGAUCCAAAAAAGUACGGCCUGAAGGAUAGAGCAAGGAUGUGCCACAUUUGCGGGGAAAUGAAAGUCUCCCUGAGUGCCCAUUUGCGGAAGGUUCACACAGAGUUCAAAAACUGCCCGACCUGCAGUGGAAAGAUCUACGAAGGUGAAACAUCCCCCCAUAAGUGCUACACAAGAAGGCCCACGUAUUUGUGCUCCUGUGGCGUGGAGUACAACGUCCGGGAGCACAUGCACGGGCACAUGCUUGAGAAGAAUUCCACAAAACAUGAGAUUCAAUGCAUCAACUGUGAAGCAACAUUCAGGGACUUUCUUCUCUAUCACGAACAUCAGGAUGAGGCUCACCCAUCGCCAUUCCUCUGCAACGUCUGUGGGAAGCAGUUCAACAAGAAGGCCAACCUCAAGUCUCACAUGUACAGUAUUCACGUGAUGGAGAAGCCAAUAAUUAAGUGCGAAAUCUGUGGGGCAGAGUGCAAAGGGACACGGAAUCACAAGAGACACGUUAUGUACGUCCACAGGAAGGCCACGAGGAUCAAUUGCGAGAUCUGCAAUAUAAGUAUCUUUGACAAAAUCUCCCUAAGGCGGCAUAUGAACUACAAGCACGGCUUGAAGAAGGAAUUCGUCUGCAAUGUGUGCAAAAAGGACUUUGCAACAGCUGAUGCCCUGCGGUAUCAUCUUACAAUCCACACUGGGGAUCGACCCUACCCGUGUCCCUUCUGCCCGAAAUCCUUCAAGAUUAAUUCCGAACUGAGGAAGCACUACAGAGCGCACAAAGAGCUCACAGUUAAGUGCCCUUCAUGCAGCCUCUAUUGCCUCAAUGAGGAGGAUCUCCGGAAGCACAUUCGGCGCUUCCCAUCGCAUGACAUCACUCAUGUCUAUGUGGAGGAAGUUGAUGAAUAGAAUCGACGGGAUUGGAUAAAAUUCCCUAGAAAAUAUUUAAAGAUUCUGAAUUCAAAAUUUUUUAACAAUAAAGACAAAAAAUUGUGGCUUCUUAA